AGGUUACAUCCAAAAUGAAAGGUGAUUUGAGUUUAGUUUCAAUUAUCUUCACUAUGUAACUUACCCAAAGUAAACUUUUCUACUAGACUACUACUGUUUCGGUUAUUUCAUUCACCAUAAACUUCAGUUCAAAUCUAUCACACAUACACACACCAAACUCAACAAUGGCGAAAGAAGACGAUCCUCUUUCAGAAAUAUUCGAAGACGAAGAUAACGAACAAGAAGAAUCAAAUGAAUCCGACGACGACGAAGGUGACGACGACGACGACGACGACGACGAAGAUUUCGAACCAUUACUUACACCUGAAUCUAUAACUAGAUCCGAAAGAGCUAAAAUGGAAUCAAUUUUCAACAAAAUCUCAUCCCCAGAAACACUUGUUCCGUUACGAGUACACAAAAUAUCAAUCAAAGGAAACACUAAAACAAGAGAGUCAGUUAUCAUUUCCGAAAUUCAAGCCCUAAAAACCGCUACAUCAGUUCAAGAGCUAAUUCAAUCUGCUACAAUAGCGAAUAUGAGGCUUCAGAAGUUAGAUAUAUUUGAUUCUGUAUCUAUUACUUUUGAUUCUGGACCUCCUGGUACUACUAAUGUGGUUAUUCAUGUUGUUGAGGCUAACAAGCCCCUUACCGGCGAUAUCGGCGUUUUUACUAAACCAGAGGCUAGAUCUUGGUCAAUUGAGGGAUCACUCAAGCUUAAAAACUUACUUGGUUAUGCUGAUCUUUGGGAUGCUUCUUUAUCUUAUGGAUGGGACCAAGCAUCAGAAGUUAGCGCUGGUGUAUCUUUGCCAAGAUUCAUGAGGUUAUUCACUCCUGUAAUGGCCCGUGUAUCCCUGAUUUCUCAAGAUUGGUUGAAGUUCACCUCAUACAAAGAGCAAGCACUGGGCCUAUCUUUGGGCCUACUAUCAACCAAGAACCAUGACCUGGCAUAUAAUCUCUCUUGGCGCAGCUUGACCGACCCAUCACAAAUGGCUUCCAAGUCGAUAAGGAGGCAGCUUGGACAUGGUUUAUUAUCGCAUUUGAAGUAUACAUUUAAGAUUGAUAAGAGAAACUCGCCGCUAAGACCAACUAGAGGAUUUGCUUUUGUUUCUGCUUCUCAACUUGGUGGCAUUUUUCCUGAUUAUCGAAGCUUGCGUUUUAUCCGCCAGGAAUUCGAUCUUCGCUACGCUUUACCCUUGGGUUUUGCACGUUCUGCUCUGAACUUUGGAGUUGCUGGUGGUGUUAUUUUUCCAUGGGGAAGUGAGUUUGUGAAUGCACCAACUUCUAUACAUGAUCGGUUCUUCUUGGGUGGGAAUACUUCUCCAGUUUGCUCACUGGGGGGACCCACGUCAUUAUUGGGCUUUAAGAUUAGAGGAUUAGGCCCAAGUGAACUCAAGAGGGAAGUUAAAACAAACUCUGAAGAUAAAAAUUCUAAUACUUCUGAAAGGGAUUUUCUGGGUGGAGACCUUGCUGUUACAGCCUUUGCAGACCUUUCUUUUGAUCUCCCGUUGAAGGUGUUGAGAGAUUCUAAUAUUCAUGCCCAUGCAUUUGCUUGUGCUGGGAGUCUAACCAAGUUAACCGAGAAUUCAUUUCGAGAAUUUUCUUUCCAGAAGUACCGAGAUUCAUUUCGUAGUUCUGCAGGAUUUGGACUUAUCAUACCAACUAGAUUGUUUCGGAUGGAGAUCAACUACUGCUACAUACUAAAACAACAUGAACAUGAUCGAGCCAAGACCGGUGUACAGUUUAGCUUUUCUUCACCGCUAUAAAACUGCUGUUCAAUCGGGAACCCAUCGGUGUCAAGUUGAUUACAAGCCAUCUUAUUAUGCAUGUAAGACAAUACUCAUGGUAUGCAAACAUCACAAGCUCUAGACAGCUCAAGGUUUAUCGUAACUUUCAAACCUUAUGAUAGAUUCAUGAUGCGCCAAAGUACAGAAAUAAUUUCUAGAUUUGAGUUGUAUAACAUGCUGCUUGGCUAGAAGAGAGGCUGAAAUCUCCCAAUCAUAACCACAUGAUGGAUGUUUUGACUGCUGUUUUUAUGUUAAAUGGUAGAGCAACUGAAUCAUGCCACUGUUGUUUUUCCCCUCUGGGGUUCCUGGCUCAAGUUUUCAUUGUUUUUGCUUCUAUUUCUUUGUAAUAUCUGGUCUAUUGUUUAACAACAUUUUGGGAGUUUUUGUGGUUGUCUUAUCAAAUGUUGUACAUGAUACAUCAGGAAUGAUAUGUGAUGUUUGGUGUCAUCGAUUUUCGACAAA